AUGGACUCCCCACAACUAACAUCAGAUAGGACAGAACUACGUCCCGAUAUAACAGGCUCAACUACUCCUCGUUUUCGGCGCCCAGUUUCACCCACAACUGGAAGUUUACACCCAAACUCGGCGCAUUUAAUUCCCCUUACUUCUACUCUUAAACGUUCAGCUUCAAGUACCUCAUUUAAAGCUUUUCCUAAUGUUGGCUCCGAAGAUGACUUUGUAAAUUUAGGAACGACUUUCGUUCAAGAUUCUGAAAAUGCAGAAUAUAUAUCACCAAGUCUUGAAUUGCCUGAUGCGGGUGCUGAAAAGCAUAUUGAGACACAUGGUUCUUCCAUACACGAUCAGGUCCAUGUUAAUUCCAAUAACCGAAAAUUCGGACACCAUCAUCAUGAGCACACCUCAGAAAAUGAUCAUGAACAUAAUCACGAACCUGGAAACCACCACAUUGGAUGUGUCUCAGAACAACAUCAUGAACUUGAAAAAGAACAUAAUCACAAAUCUUAUCGACACCACAACCACGAGCAUGAUACUUUUAUCUCGAAACCUUUGCCUUCAAUAUCUCAUAUUUUUUCUAAUCUACACUCUUCACAAAAGACUUUAUUUACCUGGGCAUGUGUGCAUUUAAUAUUAGGCAUAGCUUUAUGGUUAAAGGGACAACGGGGCGAUAGGCUGGCACUCCUAGGCUUUGGAUAUCUGGUAAUAUUCGAUGCAUUGGGUGUAUUCGCGAAAUUUAUUUCUGCCGUUAUUUUAACUUAUCGAUCAUUACAAGUUUCCACCUUACGACAUCCAUUUGGAGUUCAACGAUAUGAAGUCUUAUUUGGUUUUAUGAGCAUCAUCUAUUUACUAUUUGUAGCGAUGUAUACCAUGAAAGAGAGCUUAGAGCAUCUAAUGUUGGAAACUAGUCAAGAACAUUAUGAUGAAGGAAGUUCAGCGUUUCCUUUUUUUUUGGUGUUAAGCUCAAUAGGAGCUACUCUAAUAUCUUCUAUGUUUUAUCAAAAUCAUCAAGAUUUUUGUGAAGUGUUACGAAAAAACUCGUAUUCAAACUAUCAACCAAAAAAUGACAUAUUAUCGUCAGUGUUUUCCAAUUAUUUCACUAUGCUCACAUUAGGCUGUGGCAUAAGUGUUGUCGCUGCUGGAUUAAUUGCCGAAAAGAAUCCGACGUUGGGUUGGUUAGACGUUAUUCUUUCAUUAUUAGAAUCUAUUUUAAUGUUUUUAAUUGCCAAGCCUGUUGCAACAUUACUGGGAAAAAUAUUGUUGCAGACAACCCCAGACACAAUUUCACCGAAUUUAGAAGCAUGUUUAAGAGAGAUUCAACAUGAUCCAUCGAUAUUGAGAAUAAUUGCCGUUCAUGUAUGGCAAAAUUCAUACAACCAGCUAGUUGGUACACUAUGUAUACAUGUGAGGCCAGAUGCCAAUGAACAAGUGGUGUUAACACAUGUGUAUCAACGAUUAGGACCACUCUUGCAUAUAGGAAAUGCUAAUGUGCAUGAUGGUGGUUGUUUAGCAGCGGGUGGUGGGGGUGAAUUAACUGUUCAAAUACCAAUGAACAUGAAGUGGAUUUCUAUUAUAAUGAAUGAUGAUUUCAAUAUACAAAGUGCUUACUACAGUAUCUCCGGUCUCAAGAAAUUCCAGACUAACUUGAAUAAUAUCCAGAGGGAUACUAU